AUGACUCAAAAUCAGAUGACUCAGAAAGAAAAUCAGAUCAAUGCAGUCAUAAGGAAUGAGGCCUUGUUACUUCUCACCUACUUUACACGAGAAGCAGAGGGCUGUCUUGAAUUGUUAACCAAUCUCAUUCGCAACAAUGCAUCAAAUCAGGCUAAUACUGAUUACAAAGGUGUCUGCCAUGUUGAUCUUGCACAAGGUCAAUGUAUCCCUAGAGAAGUCUUACUUGGUAUCGAUUCCUAUACGUUCAUUGCUGGAGCAUUUGGCCAACUUGCUACCAGAAUCAAAAACAUUAACACUGAUGCCAUAUUUGUGUUAGGAACCGGAAAGUUAUUGCUUAAGGUGCCUCCAACCUUAGGAUUCGUAUUGGAUGGAGAAAUGCCAGAUUAUCUUCUUGCAAAAGAUUUGAUUUUACAAAUAAUUGGUGAAAGAUCUAUAUCUGGUGCCACAUAUAAAGCAAUGGAGUUUGUUUAUUCAACUAUCGAAAGUCUAACAAGGCAUUUUUGGAAAAAGAUCGGCUUGUUUGGGGCAUCUAUUUUGGCAGGAACUGAAGCUUAUAUUAUUUAUGUUUAA